GGAGUCGAGGCGGGGAGGCCAGGCAGGCAAGAGGCAAGAAGGCUGUGUUGAUGGCGAUCGUGCACACAAGUGAAGCCACACAUGUUUUGAUCAGUGACAGCCGGCCAAACCGAAUAUGACAUGGAUUUUCCUAUCCAUACUGUGUUUGUAAAUUUUACUGUGGACUUGGAACUUGGUUGCAUUCAAGAACGCUGAACAAGGAAAAGACCAGCCAGGAUUGUGUACGAACUUUGUCGAAGCAUUGGCUGGGGUCUGGAGUUGUCCAUUUUACUCGUUAUGACGUCAGUUCUGAAAUAAGUGUGGAUAAAAACCGCUGUGGUCAGUACUGUUGCUGAACUGAACUUUUGAAAUUUUUUAUUUCCCAGCGACAAUUUACGUUGGACUCAGAUCAAUACUCGGAUGUGUGGACAAUAUGAACAAAGAGAAGUCUGCUGUGUUCCAGUGCAGCUUUUGUAAGACCAAAUAUCCAUCUCCAGCCCAGUUGGAAUCGCAUCAGCUCAGCUGUUUUGUCAUUGUCAAGCAAGAAGUUGGGGCUGAAGAAGAACAUGGGAACAUCGCACAGACUGACAACACAGACUCACCCCCCGACAGCUGCACUUCCAGUAGCCGUGAUGCAGUCCAGGAUUCUAUUUCAUGCGUCAAGGAAGAAGUAGAUGAACAACUCUCCACAAACAUUUGUUCACAGAACAAGGAAACAAUGUCUCCAGUUGCAGAGACCUCGCUUUCCGAGAGCGCAGAGCGGCGUAAAAGUCAAGUACCGCCGGUAGUGGGUGCAGAAAAGAAGUCAAAGGAGAAGCCGGGGCAGGAACAACCGAGGACGGAAGAAGUGGCACGGCUUCCAACACAGCAGCCUCAUCCCAUACCACAGCGUGUGAGGAAGAAAAAAGAAAAAACUGAAAUUCCAACAAAGAUGAGAUCUCUCCGGCCAAAAGGGGAGGAGCCAUUUGCCAUGCUUUAUCGGAAUAUCAGGCCAGCUACCAGCAGUGCUGUGACCUCAUUUCUGCCGGGGACUGCCACUUCUGUGAGGGCUGGAAAUCCAACUCUGAGCAACCCUUCGUUGAUCUCAGUUGGUGCUCCUAGCAGUGUUGUUCAAACUCCGGGGACAGUGUCAAUCAGUUCUGCUAAUGAUCAGAGCAUGUCGACUUUCUCUUUCGGGCCCACUUUGGUUGCUCCUUCGUUUCAGUUCCCAGCACCUGCUCCCAAUGUGCAGAUGUCACAAGGAGCUGGCCCUGUACUGAGUUACUUUCCUUCCAUGGCGAUGCCCAUACAUGGUUUGAACACAAAUUUCCAGUUGCCUUUGGCAAAUUUUCAGCCAAACAUGUUUAUGGGUGUCAGCUCUGCACCGCUGUCAAUGACAAUGCCUGCCACAAAUAUCAGGUUAGAUGGCACGGCUCCUGUCUCCGAGAAUCUCAUAAGUUCCUCACAGGGCCUACCACAACCUGCCACGCAGAGCUCCCCGGUCUCGUCAACAGGGAGUGCAAUGUCUAAUGCUGCUGUCCAUAUUUCUUCCCCCAUAAGAAUCCCUGUAGUUGUAGAUAAACAGUUGAUAAGUCAGCCGACAGUGAGUGUAAGUAGUACAUCGAGUGCUGGCAUCCCUGUAUCUUCGCCUCUAAAAAACCCACUUGUAGUAGGAAACGAGACUGCUAAUCAACCACCAUCACAGAACACAGUACAAAAUGCAGCUUUCGCGGCCUCUUCUGUCUCAAAAAUUCCUUUGGUGGAGAACCAGCUAGUUCUUGUUGAUGCUGCGCAGAUUUUGACUCAAACCCACAUUAAGUCUCCGGUUGCUGCUGCCCCUAAUUUUCUUCCCGGUAAUAACAUUACACAUGCUGUUGUCGACGGCCCUUCGUCAUCCCAAGCCAUGGGCCAGCCAGUGCCUGUACUGACAUUACCAUCAAAUGUACUGGGCACAGUGGAGAAAAGUGCUAUUGUUGAUCCAGCACCUCCGAGGCUGAUGCCGACUCCAACCAACAGAAAAAAUAUGGAAACAAAUCCUCCAACUGUGAGGCAGCCGCGGAAAGGAAACAGAGUCCCUAAUGUUGUGACCACCACUUCACUGUCAGUGAAAUCUCCGGUUCAGAAUGUGUUGUCCCGUAAAACACUUGGCGGUGCAAAUCUUUCGGCUAUCUCAUCCCCUCAAACAUUAAAUGUGUCGGGACUAUCCUCACAAAAGAAUGCUGUAAGAAUCGACUUGUCUUCUCCUGAAACGAAGCCUCAUAGCGGCGCUGUUGCUAAUAGCCCUUCUCUGGACAUCCCUUCUUCCUUGAAGAACAGUGAAAAACGGCCACCAGAUGCAGGUGAAAAUUUGAAAUUAAGUAACAGUGAAAGUACUCUCAGCAAGACUCGGAGCUUGAGAGAACGUCAAUGUCCCAGCACAGUAAAUGGUCAUCUAUCAGCUCCAAAACCGAUUUCUCCAGAGAAAAACGCUAAUUCCAGAAAAAAAUCUGGGUUCAAAAACCUCAGAUCUACCUGUGCUCGCGGCAACCAGCAGAAACCAUCCAUGAAAACCAAGCCCCAUCUUCUCUCCCACGGCAAGGGAAGCUACGACGCACAGCAAGCACAGGCAAUAGAUCUGACGGUGAAGAAAUCUGACAGUUCGAUCAACGCAACCGUAUGUAGCCCCAGUGUGAAGCCCGCACCUAAAACCUCCUUACCAACACCGCAAUUGCAGGAAUAUGCUUUAGAUCUGACCAAGAAGAAAACGGAGCCCGCAGCAAAGCCAGAUGAGCCUGUAUCAGAAUCCCAGGUGUUGAAAGAGGGAGAACUUUCUGCAGCAGUCACUUCUUCUGUCACGGAAAAUACAUCCUCAAAUAAAAAAGAUUCAGGCCGGGUAGUUGCUGUUCACUCGGUGAGAAAACGUGCCAGAAAACGUAAGGCUUCUAACCCUUCUUUUAAACCUGUCACCGAGAUUUCCUCCCAGACAAAGGAUUCCUAUCCUGUAACCCCAGCUCCCUCACUGAAGAAACGGGCCAGACGCCCAAACAAAGCUUUUGCAUCCUCUGAAAAAACAAAGAUGAAACCAGCAGUGGUGACUCCUGUGUCGAGUUCCCUGACCACAUGUUCUUCGGUCAGCAACAGUGUAUUCACCGCCCCUCCUUCGGGUGUUGUGCUGUCACCCUCAGCACCCAGCACCCCCACCCCUUUGGUGAACUCGAGUUCUGUCGCCGUUACACCAACAGCUAUUUUCCCCCAGCCAAACAGCAAUUUUCUGGUUACACCUUCCUUCCUGCCUUUCACAGGGAACAACGAGAACAAUAUCACAAAUUUCCAGCUGGCAAACCAGGGGUUCCCUCUUUCAAAUGUGCAUGACAAACCAGGAGCAAAUGUGGUUUUGAAUAGCCCUCCUUCAGCACAAAAUAUUUUACUUCAAAACAUCAUCAACAACCAUUCGAGCAUGAUGGUUCCGUGCCCGGUCGUCAUGAGUCAUUCACCUGUGUUUCUACCUCCACUGUCAGUACCUCUGGCCUCUCUCCCCGUGCCAUCGCCUCAAGUUUCAGUGACUUCCUCUUCAGAGCAGUCGUCAUCAUUGACUCAGGGUACGAACCAGUUAGCUUUGCAGUCUCCAGUUUCAGUCUUAGCACCCUCGCUGUUACCUCAAGGAUCGGUCCCUUUGACUCAAACAAAACCCUCACCAUUACUUCAAGGAUCAGUGUCUUCGCCACAAAGACCCUCACCCUUACCCCAAGGAUCAGUCCCUUCGACACAAACAAGAAAGCUGUUGCCAAAGGUAUCGUCAUCGUCCAGUCAGGGGCUAAGGCCCCAAGCAUCUCUGCCAUCACCACAAACCUCAGCUCCCUCGGCCCAUGUGUCGGUAGAGCCACCGCCCAUGUUAGAUAAGCUAGCCAGCUUGACAGCGCAAGUGUCAGUUCAGUUAACUUUGACAAAGGUGCCUUUAUUGUCCUCGGUAACAGCAGUGUCAAAAGUUCACUUAUCACCCGCCCUUAUGACGUCCUCAAAACAGAUUUCUGCUCUGGAUACUAGUGCCCCAGCUCCGUCAGCUCACAGCCCACUUCUGACUCCUGGAAGAAUGACAGUUGGCUUGCCUCCUGGUGUGGCCUCAACUUCACCUGGUCAGGGGAAAAAACUGUCGCAGAAGAAGACAAGAGCAUCAUCAAAUCUCAAAUCCAUGUCAACUACACAAGUGACCAUGUCGUGCACUCAGGAACCGGUUUUGUCCACACACGUGUCGUCAUCUCGUACUGCUCCACUCGGCCCUCAACGAGGUUGGGGAAAAGAUUCAAGACGUAAGAGAAACAAAAAGGUAUCAACAGUGCAGCAGGGCAUGCCAGACAGAGAUGGAAGCACAACCAAAGCAACUAGGUCUACACCUAGAGAAAAAGUGGGAAGUGAGCAGAUCUCCUGCUCUCCUGUUAAAAAGGUUGAUUUAUCGCCACAAGUGGAAUCUAGCUCAGAAACCAAAAUGUGCUCGGCCAGUCGUGAAAAGCGAGUAGAUGCUGUCAUGAGUCCUUUGCCGGUCCCACAAGUGUCAGAUUCUGCACGGAUUACAGCGCCAGGAGGUAUGUCGGAGACCAAGACGAUGCUGGUGGGUCCUCUGACUAAGGAGGAUGUGAACAAGAUUCUGUUAAAUCCUUCUGUCCUUCAAAAUGUAGUUAGCGUCAGUGGAGACUUGGUCAUAAGUUCGAAGGCAAUUGUGGUUCCAUCCUCUAACGGCCCCCAAAAAGCGUCAAAUUCUGGACUCGCACUCAGUCCCAUUCCAUUUGCUCCAGUGCUGAAUGCAUCUUCAAGCACUGCACCUAUUCCGAUUGCGCCCUUUCCAGCUUCAUCAGUUGGACAUAUUCCAAUCGCACCUAUGCCAGCAACAGGGGUUCUCCUCCCCCACAUUCCCCCCCUUCCAUCAGCAUCAGUUGUCGUCUCUUCUGUUUUUACCCCUCAACCCUCGGUUGUGGUUGCACCUUCCACUUUUGCUUUUUCCACGCUUACUAGUCCAACAAAAAAUGACACCAGUGUUCACAGAAAUUCAUCUCCUAAGGUACACCGGCAGAUGUCUUCCAGGAAUACACACUCAUCUGUGUCACAUUUAAUGACACCCAAGUCUUCAGAGGCUGAUGUUAGUUUUGGAGUUGCAAAACCCACAGUCAAAAGACGUUCACCGAGCGAGCACCGUGAGCACAAGAGAAAGAAACGUCGAAGGCUAUCGACUCUGAAAUCCUCAACAGGCCGGAGUCCCCAAGACUGUGAGGGCUUGGGUAAAAUGAGAUCGCCCAAGAGGAAAUUCCUGUCUGAGAAAAGACGAGAAGAACUGGCAAGGGAAAGGACAAAAAAUGCUGGUAUAUUCAACGAUGAAAGUGAAAGACAGGGGCCACUGAGCACAAAUCCACGUCUUACUUUUGUGGGAAACAUUGAUUUGUUGACUUCGGCAUUAAAACCAGCCUCUGUCGCUCUCACACGCUUGGUUGUGAGUGACAAAGAACUAGAGCGAGCAACAAGAAAUUGUUUAAACAAGAAAAAUUCUGACUCACUCUCACUACAGAAAGAUACACACGUGUCCAACAAGAGCUUUGGGUCUCCUAGCAGAAAACCCCCUUAUAAAAAGCGUAAAAUAAGACGUUCAAGAGAGUGGCUGCCAACGGGAGAAGUGAGCAUCCUAGCUGCCAGAGUCCAGUCGCAGGCCGGAGCGGGCAGCGGCCAUGUUGAAGUCACCAGUCAGGCUUCCAGGAGAAGUCGCAGAAUUCGGCAAAAGCCAAAACUUGACUACGCUGAUCUCGAGCGACGGCCGUUCAAGGAUCUGGAGGGAGAGAUAGGAGGAGAUUCUGACUCUGAUUUUGAGUCGUGGAGGGAUGAUGGGAACUUUGAGAUAGUAGUAGAGCAUGAUGUUGAGGAAUAUAGUGAAAAUAAUUUUGGUCUCGCCAAUGGAAUAGAACCAGCUGUUGUGUCCGACAUCAAAGAAGAAGACAUCAAAGAUCUCAAAUCAGUUGCGCCACUGUCUGCCAAAAACUUGGAGCAGGUACCCUCUGAAAAUGCAGACCCGUUGACCAGAAAUGCAUGUGAAUCACACGUCGCAUCUCCAAACCAUACAGCCGUCAAUCGUGUCAUGUCAGGAAGCCAGGUAAUCUCCUUGGAACCAAACGGACGCAUGUUGCCACAGUCUUGUGAGAGUAUGAGCUCUUCUGCCCCGGUGAAGCCAGAUGACGCUGAAGGCUGCGAUGAGAUUGUUCCUUCUAACAAUGAAGAGCAGAACAUUCACUACAGCUCCGAGAGUGAGAGCGACAUAUUUGAGGAUGCAGGAACUGUUCCCGAAAAUGAACCAGAGAGGAAAAAACUGUUGCGUAAACGCCAGCAAGAAGUUGUCAAGUUUUUGUUGAAACAGGCAGGCAAUUUCACCACAGAAGAAGAAGGAGAUUGCCAUUAUUGUAAUAUUUGUAAAUCUUAUAAGACCAAUGGUGUCUUCAGCUUGUCCAAACAUUUGAACAAACACUUGAAUGGUACAUUGAAGGCGCCCUGUGUGUGAGGUCCAACUUUGUAAUGAGCAGUAGGUAUGUCAUCAGCUGAUGGUAUGCCAUUGAUAUGAUGAACAGUUAGUCAAAGUGACAUUUAUGCCUUUGGAAGUACUAGAACUAAUGAAAGCUAAGAAAAUAUUGUCGCCCUCAUUCAGCAUUGUAAUAUGUCAAAAUUUUAGGAAAAUGAAAAUCAAGUAGAUUGUAGAGUUUGAUGAGUUGCCUCAACUGGUCCAAGUCUCAUUCAUCUUCUUAAAAUUUUAAAAAUAGAAACGGCUUGAGACAAAUUAUAAACAUUCUGUAUUAAGUUAGUGUCCUGAGCAAAAUAAAAGUUUUUUGCUGCUCUUGAAAUCAUCUUAUUUUGACAUAUGACGAUGAUCAACGACGGCGACAAUAUCAUCAUCAGUGAUCCUUUGGAACCUCAGUAACUCGAAUUUUAAAAUUGUACAGAUGAGACAAAAAAAACUGUCUAACAUUGUUAAGUUUACCCUUAGGCAGUCAGAUUUUUGUCAAUGGCUGCUCCGGUGAACCUCUCUAAGGUGUUAUCGAGGUAAGAACGGGGCAGCGCGUGGCUUUCAGUUGCUCUAGAACAACCUCGCUAUCUCUGGGCUGUCUUUAAAAUGCACUUGUUUAGCAUGCCCUGUGUUGUUUUUAUGAUGUUCUGAUGGCCUGUCAGUGAGCUCUUUUGUUUUUUAGAAUAUGUUUUUGGCGAAUGAAAAUUUCUAUGACCCUCAACACAUCGAGUAUGAAAUGGCCGCAUGGAAGAAGAUAAGGAGGUUUGGAAGAUGAUAACAAUUUUCACUGGCCUUUUGCGCAUGAUAAGUGCUCUCUUAUAGCCUUGGUGUUACUUAAUGAGGUACAAAGGGUCAGACAUGUUGUUACGGUGGAUAGCGAGGUUUGCACUCAAUUCAAAGUGCGUUUUUGAGCAUUUGAAUCUACAUUUAAUAUUUAUACACAUUGUGUAUCAAGGUAUCAGGAAUCUUUUGGUGAAACAAACCAAAACCUAACAGGUUUUUGCCCAAAAUUCGAGUUAAUGAGUUUCCGUCAGAGCUUUGACAACAUAGUGGAGCCCGCUUAAACUGAACAGGGUUGGUCCGCAAACAGUGACAAAUGGUAAACUGAAAGAAGAAAAUUCCAGAAAUUUGGAAAAUAUUCUUUUUGGGCAAGACCUCUUUAGAAACCAAAAUUAUUGGCGCUCAUAUGACCUUAUGCAGUUGCGAGCGCCGUAAAACCCUCUACUAUGAAAAUAAAAACCAAAAUUGGGCUAAACAGAAGAAGAAAAUCCGGCAGUCGUGCAGAUUUUGGUUUAAGUGGACUCCACUGUACUUUAUAAAGAGGGAAAUUUGGCUACAGAAUAUGUGUAUGUGUUUGUGUGUGGGGGGGUUGUCUAUCAGAUUUUCAGUCAACUGGAUAAAUUUCAGUUUUGACUGUCCACAAGUAUUAUCAAGUGCUUUCAUGAUCAUUGUUAUUUAUAUCGUAGUCUUAAUGCUAUGAUGAAAGUGUAUGGUCUUUGCUGCUUUAUGUGUAGUGAAUAUAAUGUGUAUAUAUAUAUAUAUUAUUUUUGUGUACAUUGUCUUUCUGCUUUUAUUAUGUUAAUAAGACGUUAGAAGUGGAAUCAAACUCUCUGUAACAGCCACCUAUAACUAAGAAUUAAACAAAUGAGCUGUA